AAAUACAAGGUUUCGGGAAAUUAAUCUUCGCUUUCUUUCACUUCUCUAUCUUUAGAUCAGAUAGGUGGAGGAUGGCAGGUACAUCGCGACAUAAUCGAGAGAUGAUGAUCAAUGCCAAAAAGCAGCUGGCUGAGUGUUCAGACCCCAUUGAGCGUCUGCGGCUGCAGUGUUUGUCCCGAGGAUGUGCGGGCAUCAAGGGACUGGGCAGGACUUUCCGGAUCAUGGAUGAUGACAACAAUCGCACGCUGGAUUUAAAAGAGUUCAUAAAAGGUCUAAAUGACUAUGGUGUGCUCAUGGAGAAAGAAGAGGCUAUCAAUCUUUUUCAGCAGUUUGACAGAGACGGCAGUGGACAAAUUGACUUCGAUGAGUUUCUUAUUACUCUGAGGCCACCCAUGUCUAAUGCCAGAAAGGAGGUGGUGUUACAGGCAUUUAAAAAGCUGGAUAAAACCGGAGACGGUGUGAUUACUGUUGAGGAUCUGAAAGGAGUGUAUGAUGUCAGAAAACACCCCAAAUAUCUAAAUGGUGAGUGGACCGAAGACCAAAUAUUCCGCAAGUUCCUGGACAGUUUUGAUUCUCCGGAUGACAAGGAUGGAAAGGUCACAAAAGAGGAGUUUAUGAACUACUACUCCGGCGUCAGCGCAUCCAUUGACACAGAUAUCUACUUUAUAUUAAUGAUGAGGAAUGCAUGGAGGCUUAAUUAAGCUUAACUAUUUUAGGGUGACAAAGGAUGAAUUCUGGAAUUAUUACAGUGGAGUCAGUGCUUCUAUUGACAAUGAUGUGUAUUUUAUUUUAAUGAUGAAGACUGCAUGGAGAUUAUGAGGCAAUCGAAUCAAAAAUCAAAGCUGCGAUAUUCCUGACAACUGAUAUUUGGUGCAAAUCAAAAAUCAAAGCUGCAAUAUUCCUAAAAGUGAAAUGAUAAAUAGUACUAGCUUUGUAGUAGUUUGAAUUAUGUUUAUAGCCUUGUUAGUGGUUACAUAAUUUGUUUAGGGUGUUUAAAGGUGCUGUUAAAUCUUGUUGUUUUACAAAAGAAUGACUAAUUUAAUAAAUGUUUUAUAAUGGUUAUAAAAA